ACGUAGACCGAACUAAAAAUAAAUAUUGUGUCGUAUAGAUAUUCAGUGUAAAAUGUCUCGUCCUAUUUUGAAAUAUUGGAUUAUUUUGGUAUUGUUUACUUGGUGCAAUGGUAAAUCACUAUUAUCAAUUGAGAAAAUUUAUUUAAAAGGUGUGCAAGCGUAUACAGGCGAGAGAUGGAGUGAGUGCAUAUCGAAGUUUGAAGAGUCUUUACAUUUGUAUAAACUUUACAAUUCUAUCUUUAUAAACUGUGGAGUAAAAUGCAAAACUCAAGCUAGACACUCACAAAUUGAACCAAACUUUAAUGAAUUACAAGUUUUCGAAUCAUAUUUAAAUGAAAGAUAUUGUUUAAUGAACUGUAGAGAUAAAGAACUUGAAGCAGUUCGCAUAAACAGUAAUGUAAAGGAUACAAUAUUACAAGAUUUUCAAUCACGAAAGCCUUAUGGGUACUUACAUGUAUGCUACUUCCAAAUGAAUGCACUGCAGAAAGCGGCAUCAGCCGCCUAUACAUAUUUCCAAGCUCAUAAGACGGAUGAUGUGAUGAAAAACAAUGUCAAGUUUUACAUUGGACUGCCUGAAGUGAGCCUGAAUGAAGUGGUUGACUUGGAAAGUGAAGAUUUUGAGGUCUUGCACAAAGUUGGGUUGGAGUCUUAUGAGCAGAAAAAAUGGGGGGAAACAAUUAUGGCCAUGGAAGAAGUCAUAGCAGAUUAUUUGGCCUGGGAAAUGGGUUGCCGUGUGGCUUGUGAGCACCUACCGGAGCAAGAAUGGUCUCAAGAAUUUGUCAUCUCUGUGUCAAACAACAUGCUAUCCCUGUUACAAUGCAGACAGCAAUGUCAAAACAAACUCUCAACACUGGAUUUUAAAACUGGUAUUGAAUUCCUAGCCGAUACCUUGAAUUAUUUGCAGAUAUGUUAUUAUCAUUCUGAUAAAUUUGAAGAAGCUGCAGUGGCUGUAGCUAGUUACUUAACCUUAAUGCCUAAGGAUGAAGAUAUGCUUCAUAACAGGGCACUUUAUGGUUCCUUUAUUGAUAAAAAUGCAUUCAAUCCGAGGCCUGAUAUUGAGUAUUAUUUAAAAAAUGAUUUUUAUGAAAAGGAGAUUUUGUCCCACUUUCAUCAAACAAAUACUAUUGAUACCAAUGCACAUUCUGAAGAGUUGUAGUUUUAGAUUAACUUGAACAUACAUUGUAUAGCAUAAAGAAUAUU